UGUCGGUAUGCAAAGCACAAUUGCCAUUCUUACACCUCAUUCAUCUUUCUGUAUGUCAGAGCGCCAUCACAAGUGUUCUACGUUUUUCAUCAUCCAAGUUGAUAAAUGACAAGCAAAACGAUUCUUCUUCUCACCAAUGCCGAGCACGGGCCAAGUGAACCUCUUACCAACCGCUGGUCAUGGCCCCCUGGUCCUCGCCAACUGACGCACCAUGUCCACCCUCCAUCUUUCUAGCGCCGAGCUCCCGAUGUCACCUCAGUGCGGUGAUUAUGACAUGCCUUCACACCUAGUCUGGCGAAGAAACAUGCGGCCGUCCGCCGCCAGCACAUUGCGUGUUGAGGCGUCUGUGAAGAUGGACGUACAGCUGUGUCAUUUGAAGUCGAAGCGGCACAUUCCGCCUCGUGCAUGUACGAGUUUAUGGACGGCUGCAGAGCGGGGUGGGCGUGAUGGAGGAGGUGAUGUAGAGACGAACGAACCGGAAGUGAUGGUGGUCGAGAUCGAGAUAGACUCGCCGAUCCGCAGGGAUACAGGGGUGAGAGAAGGGAUCCUGAGGGCACCCUGGCAUGCAUCAUUUGGCACCGCUGCCGGCCCAUGGAAUGGAAUUUAUUUCGCCCUGGGGUACAAGCCCCAUAGAAACCCUUCCUCGCUGCGUCUGGACGGGCACGGCAACGCGGUCGAAAGAAAACUCCGCCGGUCUCCUCACCAGUGUGAUUUCUAAACCCACAAAAAUGGCCAAUUUCAUGCCAAUCAAUGAAAAAAAAGGCCAAGUAUCAGUAAAUAUAAACUCAGCUAUAUUUUGAAUAUUCUUUUGUCCUUUAUGGGGGAAGACUCAUAGAAUAUUUCCUCUA